AGAUGAACUUGGCCCCAGACAAAAAUCUUUUUUUGAAAAAGAAGAGGGUAGAAGAAGUGCAGUGGCACAGCCUCUAACCCUCAGUGUAUGGCCGGUCUGCCUCCGAGACUAGACACAUUUCAGCCCACCCCCAGUUGACAUAAACGACGUUUUGAAAGUAAAUUAGUGUUUGCACUUUUAUAUAACGCACACUGGAACUCAAUUGUUUUUCUUGAUUAUUGCUUCAGUCAUCGAAAACAUCUGAUCGAAGGUUUCAAAACAUGGCGACUGACGAAAAAACACAGACAUCAUCAUGCGAACUCGAAAUGGGAUACCAAACAACUGUGAUGUACGGCCGGUACACUCGCAGUUUGGGUGAAUACGCUCGAGAGCAAGCUGCUGAACUACGCGAACUGCAAAAGAACAACAAGAGGGAGGAAAAGAUAAGAAAUAAAGAAUUGUGGUCUUAUCGGGGCAAAUGGACAUCGCGACUUUUCCGGGUCGUAUCCUACACAUGGCGCCACACUUUUGCCAAAAUCGGAGAGGACUGGAUAUUUUUGGCUCUUCUCGGUAGCAUCAUGGCUUUGCUGAGUUACAUCAUGGAUUACGGAGUCAAUCUGUGUAACACAGCUCGGAUGUGGAUGUAUUUUGAAUUGACAAACGAUCCGGCGGUGCGCUAUCUCUCCUGGAUUUGCUUGCCAGUCUUCCUUGUCUUAUUUUCUGCUGGAUUUGUUUACUUACUAGCCCCCCAAGCUAUCGGCUCUGGAAUUCCGGAGAUGAAAACAAUUUUGCGAGGUGUUGUUCUCAAAGAAUAUUUGACUUUCCGCACCGGAAUAGCUAAAAUUGUAGCUUUGACUGCUGUACUUGGUAGUGGAAUGCCACUGGGUAAAGAGGGCCCACUGGUACACAUCGCCAGUAUAGUGGCGACUCUCAUGUCAAAAUUAGUGACAUCCUUCAAAGGAAUCUACGAGAAUGAGUCAAGAAACAGUGAAAUGCUGGCAGCUGCUUGCGCUGUGGGUGUGUCCUGCAAUUUUGCAGCUCCAAUUGGAGGCGUAUUGUUUAGUAUUGAAGUCACGUCCGUUUAUUUCGCCAUUCGCAAUUACUGGCGCGGCUUCUUUUCUGCCGUUUUUGGGGCUCUCAUGUUUCGCUUAUUGGCUUAUUGGCUCGAAACAGAAGAGACUUUGACUGCCAUGUUUCGCACGGAUUUCCGGGUUGACUUUCCUUACGAUCCUCACGAACUAUUCAUUUACGCGCUUAUCGGGGCUUUUGGCGGCUUAUCGGGGGCUCUUUUUGUCCUAUGUCACCGGAAGUAUGUCCUUUUUAUGCGGAAAAACAAAAGAAUCAGCUCAUUCCUUCAAAAGAAUCGUUUUAUCUAUCCGGCCGUGGUUUCGCUUUUCAUCGCAACCUUGUACUUCCCGCCGGGCCUGGGCCAGUUCUUGGUAUCAACCUUGACGACCAGACAACAAAUUAUGAGCUUGUUCUCCAACUUUACCUGGAUGAGUGACGAUUUAACGGCGGAACAGUCUGAAAUUGUUUCUCACUGGACCAAUGAGUAUAGCAACAUUUUUGUAACACUUGGGAUCUACAUGGCUACAACGUUCUUUCUAACGGUUUUGGCCUCUACUCUUCCAGUCCCAUCCGGCAGUCUCAUCCCAAUCUUUAAGAUAGGAGCGGCUUUUGGGCGUAUCAUUGGCGAGGCCAUGCAUCUUUGGUUCCCAGAAGGUAUUCGCAUAGGAUCCGUCAUAUCACCUAUCCUUCCAGGUGGUUACGCCAUUGUAGGGGCAGCGGCUUUUUCCGCCGGAGUGACCCAUUCAAUUUCGAUUUGCGUCGUUGUUUCUGAAAUGACUGGACAAAUUCAGCACAUCAUCCCUGUCCUUGUUGCCGUUCUCGUUUCUAACGCAAUUUCGACUCUACUUCAACCUUCUCUUUAUGAUUCAAUUAUUAUGAUUAAGAAACUGCCUUAUUUGCCCGGCAUCAUCUCAUCCAGCAGUGCUGCUUACGACAUUUUUGUCGAGGAUUUCAUGAAUCGUAACAUCAAGUACAUUUGGAAUGGCAUGACUUACCAGGAAUUGAAAACCGUUAUCAAGGAUAAACCGAAAAUCCGAUCGUUCCCACUUGUCGAUAACCCAAGACAUAUGGUUCUCCUUGGAUCUAUUCAACGAGGAGAGCUGAUUGAACUGGUAAAGCGACACAUUGGACAUGACCGUCGCGUGAAAAUGGCCGCACAGCGGCAAAUAGAAAUUCAGUCGAGGAGUUUCGGACAUAUUAUCCCCAUCAACCUCGAUCCCCCACCAUGCUGUCGUCUGGGUGAAACCGAAGAAUCGUCGUUGACACACGAUCCCGCCAAGCAGCAACAGCAGCAGACUUCGCGAUUCGAAGUUGUGAAAGCGCCGGAUGAUUUGGGAAAUGGCUUAAUAACCGAUACUGCAAUUCAGCGUUCAUCGCAACAUCUCCAGCAACUCCAGCUGAUUACGUUACUGCCGUCACCCGAGCCGCAAACCCCCGUUUCAAUUCAGUCAACUGAAACAGACGAAGAAGCGCAACCGAGAAAAUCUAUUCUGAAAAAGGGAAAUAGAUUUAGUUCGAUUCGGUCAAAAUCAUCUCAACAAACGAUUCAAACUACCCCAAAUUCAACGAUAACUGGGUCAGAAGGAAGCAAAUUCCGUCAAGCCAUCGGUGCUUUCAUCCGGAAAUCGUCGGCUAACGGAGGUAUCUUUAACUUUGCUACUGCCACAUCACCGCCGACUAGUCCUAGCCCAUUCAAAAAUGUCGGUGUAUCGCACAAAUUAAACGAUAUGACGCCCGAGGAGAAGAAAGAAUGGGAAGAAAGCGAAAUGUUGAAACCAGUAGAUUUCCACAAAUGCCACGUCGAUCCAGCUCCCUUUCAGCUGGUUGAACGAACCUCGUUGCUCAAAGUCCACUCCAUGUUCUCAUUGUUGGGCGUCAAUCGCGCUUACGUCACCACAAUUGGUCGACUUAUUGGCAUAGUCUCUCUAUCAGAAGUGAGUGGAAACACACAUGGACUGAGCCAAAAAUAG